CAACUCUCAUCGUCAGUCGUCGAAGAACGCACUACGGUAUGUCUUUAUUUCAACGACAACCAACCGAGAGAAAUGUUACCGUUGCAAUUCUUCAUCCGAAUUUUGUUUCUAAUCCUUUUGGAUUAUUCUGCAUUUGAAUUCGAUAAAGGCUGUACCGGGCUAGCAAAUUAUCGAGACGACGCUCAGUGUGGAGCCGGUUUUCCUGCACCUAACGGCGAAGAUGCGAUUUGUCCAUGCGCCUGUUGUUCGGAGUGGAAUUGGUGUGGGGUAACUGAUGCCCAUUGUUUAUGUGACAAGUGUUUAGACCACAGGAAUCUGUCAUGCCCAACAACACCACCACCACCACCUACGUUACCACCAGCAAAUUAUCGAGACGAUGCUCAGUGUGGAGCCGGUUUUCCUGCACCUAACGGCGAAGAUGCGAUUUGUCCAUGCGCCUGUUGUUCGGAGUGGAAUUGGUGUGGGGUAACUGAUGCACAUUGUUUAUGUGACAAGUGUUUAGACCACAGGAAUCUGUCAUGCCCAACAACAACACCACCACCACCACCUACGUUACCACCAGAAAAACCCAUAUUUGCUGUGGGCUAUAGGAACCUCAUUGGCAAGUGUUUGUUGGACGCAAGUGGAGCAGUAAUGCAAUUAUACACAAGAAGUGGGAGCCGGUGCGCACGCGCAUGUCUUGCAUUCAUUUCAGAGUGUAAUUCCUUCGGGUUUGAUCAGAGACUUUCAAGGAAUUCUGAUUGUUUCCUAUACAACACAACAUCUUGGGAGCUUGUAGACGUUGAGACUAAUGUCAAUGAAAAACCUGAAUGCCUUUUCUAUGUCACGGAAUAUAAAUGAUGACACAGUAAAUCUGUAAUUAGAAGGCCU